AUGAGCUCUAAGAAACGUCGUGCAGAUGAUGACGUGGUGAAAGACCCGAACCAUAUUGUGCCGGACAAUAUAAGCAAACAUUUCAAGUAUCUCGGAUCGACGAGUGACGGAGUUGCCAGCAUCUACCAGUGCUUGCACUGCAAUCAGCAAAAACGAGGGAAGAAGCGGGAUACGUCCAACCUUGUUCGGCACUUGAAGCUUGUGCACACCAAACAGUACAACGAAGCUUAUGGAUCCCGCAAUCAGCCGACGCUUGACGGGGCUGUGGCGAUGUUCAGACAUGAAGCACAAACUGUCAAGAAGUUGCCCCCAUCCGAUACGUUCCAACAGAAAUUCAAUCGUCUCUUGGUAGAAAUGGUGGCAGUUGAUGGCCUGCCCAUGAGCAUCGCCGAUGGGCUGGGAUUUCAGAGGCUGAUGAAAUUUUUGAAACCAGAACUCAGUCUAAUUUCGCGAAGGACGGUUGGGAGAAUAUUGGAAGAUAUUACAAGUAAACGUGUCAGGCCUUCACUUGCAAAGGCUAUCCAGAGUGCCCCAGACGGAGGACUUCAUUUUAUGGUCGACUUGUGGUCGAGCAGGAGGAGAGACGCAGUACUCGGCGUUAAAAUGCAGUUCGUCAAGGAUGACUGGGAACUGGAGACACUGACCCUGGCAUUCAAGAACUUCCCAGGGAAACACACUGGUGACAGCAUACGAGAGGCGUUCCAGGGUGUCCUUCAAGAACACGGUGUAGCACCUACAAAAGUGGGGGCUGUGAUCUGUGACAACGCGUCCAACAUGACAAAAGCGUUCGAUAUGGUGGAACUCUUUCCAGAUAAGUGGCGAAGAACAGAUGAGGCUGGAGAGGACGUUGAAGUUCUCGAGCCAGAUGUAGAUGUGCUCACAGCUGUCAAGCCGUCCAAGCGUGUACGCUGCGCUGCCCACACGUUGCAGUUGGCAGUAAAUGCCGCUAUUAAGGCGGAUGAUGGCGUCUGUGAACUUCUAAAAAUUGUGUCCAAGAUUAUAAACAUAUUCAGACGAUCGCCCACCAUGACCAGCGCACUGAAGGAGCGCUGUGGGAAGGACUUGGUUCCAAUAGGAGGCACUCGCUGGUACUCCACUGUUGCUGCACUACAACGACUGACACAGGACGAGGUGUACACCGCGGUUGAGUUCCUGGUACUGCAGUACAACGAAGAGCACCCCAGCAAGUGCAUAGAGUUGUCGCCACCGACUGUGACUCAUGAAAGACUGGAGCAACUGGGUUCCCUUCUGAAGCCGCUGAAUGAUGCGACAAACCGAUUGCAGGGGGACGGGGUGACUUCCGCUGUGCUCCACCUUUGCAUUUGCACCUGUUUCAUACAACUAAGCCAAUACAAACUGCCCGAGUUCAAGCAACUGCAAGCUAAAGUACUGCAAGAAAUUAACAGACGUUUUAGCAAUCUUCGGGGAGACGACUAUUUCGUCGCAGCAAGCCUGCUGAACCCACGACUGAAGCUUCGCAGCUUCCAACAGGGUUUUGCACCUGGCCUACUGAUGCCAGACUCAGAAGCUGCUCGCGCAACUGUGGAGCUCCUUUUGGAGAAAGUCGUGGAGGUGCCUCUUGUAAUGUGCUUGCAGUAGCCAAAUAACUGGGGCGGGCGGUGAACAUAUACAUGGCACACCACCGAGAGUCAGCCUUGGGACCUUCACACCACGACUUCCUUCCCUGUCUAUGCGGUCAACUUGGCUUGAUGUUUCCGUGAUUGGUUCUGUCUUAAAAUUAAGCUCGCAAACCUAUGUAGAAAUGUUGAAUUUUUAGAACUAAGGCCUUGUAUGCAGUGCUGCACGUCAUGAACUAAAUAUGUAUUAAUGUA